AUGGCCAUCAAUACCGAAAGCUCCCCACUGCUUCCCAACUCAGUCUCACAUUCAGCCCAAGACAAACCCACGAUUAGUGGAUCACUCAAGGCGCUCUUCUUUUCCUCCAAAUUCAAUUUGCUGCUCAUCUUUGUACCGCUAUCAUUGGCAUUCUCUUAUGGUGGUGCACCAGAUACCGUUGUUUUCAGUCUCAAUUUCAUGGCCAUUAUGCCACUCGCAAAACUCCUGGGAUUUGCCACGGAAGAAUUAGCCAUGAUGUCUGGACCCACCAUUGGCGCAUUACUAAAUGCUACAUUUGGCAAUGUCGUGGAGCUGAUUCUUGGCGUUAUUGCUCUCAAAGAUGGUUUGAUCCGUGUUGUUCAAGCAUCCGUCAUGGGCUCGAUUUUGUCUAAUAUUUUACUGGUACUCGGCUUUUGCUUCUUGUUGGGUGGUGCUGGCCGAAUUGAUCAACAAUUCAGUAUGACAGCUGCACAAACAUCCUCUUCGCUUUUGGCCAUCACUACCUUGUCAUUGCUUGUACCUGCUGCUUUUGCUGGCACUGCUGUUGCCUCCGCAAAGGAUACUGAGAUUGGUGUGCUGAACCUAUCCCAUGGCACUGCUAUUGUUUUGCUCAUCGUCUAUGGCUUGUCCCUCUUUUUCCAGCUCAAGACCCACCGUCACCAGUAUGAUGAUGGUGAUGAGAGUGAGGAUGAUGAAGAAGAGCCCCAAACUACAAUGACAUUUUCGCUUCUCUCUCUCUUGGCAAUUGCUGGUCUAGUCUCGGUUCAUGCGGACUUUUUGGUUGGAGCUAUUGAAGGCGUAGUCGACCAGUGGGAAAUCAACGAGACGUUUGUCGGUGUCAUUCUCUUGCCUAUUGUUGGAAAUGCGGCCGAACAUGUGAGCUCUGUUACAUUUGCUAUGAAGAACAAGAUGAACCUCAGCAUCAAUAUCGCUAUUUCUUCAUCCCUUCAAAUUGGCUUGUUCGUCACUCCCGUGCUUGUAAUUGCAGGAUGGAUCUUUGAUCAGCCAAUGACACUCUUCUUUGAAGAUUUUGAAACAGUCGUUCUCUUUGCCAGCGUGUUUGUUGUCAACUACCUGAUUCAGGAUGGCCGCUCCAACUGGCUUGAAGGUGUUUUGUUAUUGGCCUCGUAUACCAUUAUCUCUCUUGCAUUCUGGUUCCAUCCUGUAACAUCCCUCAGCAAUGGCUUGCGACUCCACUAA